AUGUCCGCGGGCCGGCCGUUCCGCGGGUGCGCCUGCUUUUUCACCGACAACAUCUUCGUGGGGCGGUUCGGGCUCCACGUGCGGUACCGGGACGGGCCGCAGCUCCGCCGGGACCACGGCCGGGCGCUGCGGGAGCGCGGCUGCCGGAGCGAGGAGCAGUUCCGGGAGGUGCUGAGGGAGAUUGAGGCAGAAGUGCAGAGAAGAAAAGAGUUAAUCCAUCAGUCAGUGGAACGCAGAGCCAUCAUCUCCAAGUGCUACAAACCAAAACACCCAGAGGUGUACACUCUGCAGGAUUCCUUCCUGGCCCCAGAGUUUCUGGAAAUUGUGAAGUUCUGCACAUCUCCAGGUGCUGAUCUCCAGGGCCUUCUGAGCUACCUCGAGUCAUUCUCAGAUAAGAGGAUCUAUCGACUGCCAGUGUUCACAGAGGAGUUCUGCCAGGCCUUUGUGGAUGAGCUGGAGAACUUUGAGCAGUCAGAUAUGCCUAAAGGCAGGCCCAACACCAUGAACAACUACGGGGUUUUGCUGAACGAGCUGGGCAUGGAUGAGCCUUUCCUGACACCGCUGCGGGAGCGGCUCCUGCCCAUCACUGCCCUGCUGUACCCGGAGCUGGGCGGGGCCUGCCUGGACAGCCACAAAGCUUUUGUGGUCAAGUACUCCCUGCACGAGGACCUGGACCUGAGCUCUCAUUAUGACAACGCUGAAGUCACCUUGAACGUUUCCCUGGGAAAAGAAUUCACAGAAGGAAACUUGUAUUUCGGCGAUUUCAACCAGGAUCCCACCCCCGUGCCGAAGUACAUCGAGGUGGAGCAUGUGGGAGGCCACGGGCUGCUGCACCGAGGGGGGCAGAUCCACGGGGCCCUGCCCAUCGGCUCGGGCCAGCGCUGGAACCUCAUCGUGUGGAUGAGAUCAUCGGCCAUCCGAAACCAGCUGUGCCCCAUGUGCCACAGGAAACCCCAGCUGGUGGAGGCAGAGGGCUUUGGGGAUGGCUUCACAGAAUCCCCUGGGAACGAGGUGCCCCAGACCGUGAAUCUCUGUGCCUUGGGCUAGCAGGGGUGGUGAUUUCCCCACACCGAGUUGCCCAAAGCUCCUUUCUGACCUCCCAGGCUGCACUCACAGGCUCUGCUGGGUGCACGAGUCCUGCAAGGAGCAGCUCUUGCCUUGGGAAGGGAUGCAAAUCCAGCCCUGCCAGGAUUCCAGCUGGAAGAGCUGGAACACGGCUCCUGAAGGCUCAGGCUGGGGCUGGAAGACUCUGUAAGACACAGAAACCCCAACUGUGAUUCCCUGCAGGAGCUCUGUCAACAUUUCCUAGUGCACAUCCAAAGCUCCUUGGCCUCUCUGCCAGCAGCAGCACCCCAGGUCCAACUGGAAACAGGGAAGAAUGGUACAAGAAACAAUUUCUCUGCUGUUCUUGGAGGCUCCUGUCCUCUGCCAGGACAAGGCAAAGAGCUUUGUGUUAAUGAAUGGCCAGGAAGGAUCUGCUCAGGAAUGAGAUCCAGGUGAUUCACAGUGAGCUGCUGGGAAUGGCAGGGAUUUAUCCCCACUGGAUGUUUGUCUAACCCAGGCUCAGAAACAUCCACCAGGAGCAACACAGGGUGCACUUAUUCCCCAGGGCAGCUGAGAGAUGUCCCGAGGCUUCUUGGGAUCAGAAACUUUCCUUUCAAAGGUUUUGUGAACCUCAUGUAAGCAGAGCCAGAGCUCUGGGAGCCACCUGCAACACAGCAAAACUUCCCAGAGGAGGACAAGAUAUACAUUUAACUCCCUUUGCUUUAGUUACAAGAGCAAGUGAAAAUGUAAAAUAACUCUUCCUACCUGGAUGCAGCAACAGAAAAGGCCUGGGGCUUCUUGGUUUGGCACCGAGUUCCCCCAGAAACUGAUGGAUUAGAAGGGUCAAGUCCUUUCCCCUCCUUCCUUCCUUCCAGCUGGCUGAAAGCAUGUGACUCUUCCACCUACUAAACAAAUUAAAAAAGCCAAAUAGCGUCUGAUUUGGUGUCCGCAUUUCCCUCCGUGGAAAAUUUACUCGAUCUAUUCGAUAGAUGCUGCCGAAUUCAUAAGGGGCUUUUCCAUUUAUCUGUUCAGUGCAGUGAUUACAGCACAUGGGUGAUCACAUCGGAAAUUGUGAAGGGCUGAAGGCGGGUGCAGCUCGCACAAAAAGUGUUUAUCGCAGCUCUCCCAGCGGACCCGCUGGUUUUUGGCUGGGGCUGCCACGAGCAUG